ACACGCUGCACACUCUCGACAUCAAUCAAGACUCGAACAAUGGGCGUCAUCGACUUCAUCAAGGACAUCAUCCGUCCUGGAAAUGGCGUCGACUAUCCCAAACAAGGGGAUAUGGUGACUGUCCACUAUCAUGGUUACCUGUAUGAUCCGACGCGUUCAUGGAAUAGGGGGCGCCGAUUUGACAGUAGCAUCAAGCGAGGCAGACCUUUUACCUUCCAGAUCGGGAUGGGCAAAGUGAUCAAAGGAUGGGAAGUUGGGAUUCUCGGCAUGAGCCUCGGUGAAAAGUCCUAUCUCACUUUCGGCCCACACUACGGAUACGGCACAAGAGGAGCUCCUCCAUUUAUUCCUGGAAAUUCCCCGCUGGUCUUCAACGUUGAACUGCUGGCUAUCAACGGGCGAACUGUCCAGUCUGAUGACUCGGAGUAAUGCUCCACCCACAUCAAGACAGCCAUUUCGCUAUUAGCCAAUGAUAGGAUCUUUCUUGGUGGGUGACAUUCACUGUGUAUGUGAACUGUCAUAUUUCCGCAUUUCG